AUGGGACACCCGGCGUGGGACACCAGACAUGGGACACCCGGCGUGGGAUACAAGGCGUGGGACACCAGACAUGGGACACCCGACAUGGGACACCAGACAUGGGACACCCGACGUGGGACACCAGACAUGGGACACCCGGCGUGGGACACCAGACAUGGGACACCCGGCGUGGGACACCAGACAUGGGAUACCAGACAUGGGACACCAGACAUGGGACACCAGGCAUGGGACACCAGACAUGGGAUACCCGGCGUGGGACACCAGACAUGGGACACCAGACAUGGGACACCCGGCGUGGGACACCAGGCGUGGGACACCAGACAUGGGACACCCGACGUGGGACACCAGACAUGGGACACCAGACAUGGGACACCAGACAUGGGACACCCGGCGUGGGACACCAGACAUGGGAUACCCGGCGUGGGACACCACACAUGGGACACCCGGCGUGGGACACCAGACAUAGGACACCCGGCGUGGGACACCAGACAUGGGACACCCGACGUGGGACACCAGACAUGGUACACCCGACGUGGGACACCAGACAUGGGACACCCGACGUGGGACACCAGACAUGGGACACCCGACGUGGGACACCAGACAUGGGACACCCGGCGUUGGACACCAGACAUGGGACACCCGGCGUAUGACACCCGGCGUGGGACACCAGACAUGGGACACCCGGCGUGGGACACCAGACAUGGGACACCAGACAUGGGACACCCGGCGUGGGACACCAGACAUGGGACACCCGGCGUGGGACACCAGGCGUGGGACACCAGACAUGGGACACCCGACGUGGGACACCAGACAUGGGACACCAGACGUGGGACACCAGACAUGGGACACCCGGCGUGGGACACCAGACAUGGGAUACCCGGCGUGGGACACCAGACAUGGGACACCCGGCGUGGGACACCAGACAUAGGACACCCGGCGUGGGACACUAGACAUGGGACACCCGACGUGGGACACCAGACAUGGUACACCCGACGUGGGACACCAGACAUGGGACACCCGGCGUGGGACACCAGACAUGGGACACCCGACGUGGGACACCAGACAUGGGACACCCGACGUGGGACACUAGACAUGGGACACCCGGCGUGGGACACCAGACAUGGGACACCCGGCGUGGGACACCAGACAUGGGACACCCGGCGUGGGACACCCGGCGUGGGACACCAGACAUGGGACACCCGGCGUGGGACACCAGACAUGGGACACCAGACAUGGGACACCCGGCGUGGGACACCAGACAUGGGACACCCGACGUGGGACAUCAGACAUGGGACACUAGACAUGGGACACCCGGGGUGGGACACCAGACAUGGGACACCAGACAUGGGACACCCGGCGUGGGACACCAGACAUGGGACACCCGGCGUGGGACACCCGGCGUGUGACACCCGACAUCGGACACCAGACAUGGGACACCCGGCGUGGGACACCAGACAUGGGACACCAGACAUGGGACACCCGACAUGGGACUCCCGGCGUGGGACACCCGCCAUUCGAGACCAGACAUGGGACACCCUGCGUGGGACACCAGUCAUGGGACACCAGACACGGGACACCAGUCAUGGGACACCCGGCGUUGGACACCCGGCGUUGGACUCCAGACAUGGGACACCCGACGUGGGACACCAGUCAUGGGACACACGACAUGGGACACCAGACAUGGGACACCCGGCGUGGGACACCAGACAUUGGACACCCAGCGUGGGACACCAGACAUGGGACACCCGACAUGGGACACCCGGCGUGGGACACCAGACAUGGGACACCCGACAUGGGACACCAGACAUGAGACACCAGACAUGGGACACCAGACAUGGGACACCAGACAUGGGACACCAGACAUUGGACACCCGGCGUGGGACACCAGACAUGGGACACCCGACGUGGGACACCAGUCAUGGGACAUCCGACAUGGGACACCAGACAUGGGACACCAGACAUGGGACACCCGACGUGGGACACCCGGCGUGGGACACCCGGCAUGGGACACCAGACAUGGGACACCAGACAUGA